AUGAAGAGAAGGGCUUCAGGCGAAAUCACAGAAGACGAAGCCGCAUUGUCGAACCCAAGGGAAACCGGCCAUGCCGGUUGGAAGAAUAGACAAGCGUCCGCGUCUGAGGAGGAGAAGAUACCUUCGAUUACAGAAGAUCUCCUGGGGGACCUAUACCACUCUCCUCUCAGCAGUGGUCAGGAUGGCGUCCAUUUCAACUCGGGCGUGAUCUAUGCCGGUUUUUACCCAAAUGCCAGUUUUUACCUAACUGUAGAUUCUCCCCAGUUCGUUCCUUUAUCUUGCAUGGGACAUGAAAAUCUGCGUAUCAACGGCGCCAGUGUUCAAGGUCAAGAGUUGGGCUUCGAAAAUUAUACUGCGCUGCAAACUUGGGAUGGAAGUCAACUAGUAUCAAAUCGUCAUCACACGCUCCUAGCUGCUGAUAUAUCUCAAGCUUCUGCUGCUGUUCACGCCGCUGCUCCUACUCCUGCUGCUGGUUCACCCUUCUAUGGACCUCAUGUUACCCAACAAAACUUCCAAGGGUAUCAUCCGCGGUACGAUUUUGGUGACGACCCUGUGAAUUAUCUACUUGGGCCUGUUUUCCCCCGCCAAAGCGAAGUGCAUCAAUACGGAAACCAUAGAUUUCAACCCGGGCUCAGCUUUACGGAUUUUCUCAACUCAGAUGAGCCCAUUCUUGUGGCCGAAGCCACUCCUGCGCCCAAAGCCAUUCCUACAGCCACUUCUGUACCCCAAGCCACUCCCCCGCCUAAAGCCAUUCCUACAGCCAACCCCCCUAAGAAGCAGAAGAGAAAGAAAAAGGAAGAAAAAAGAUCCUUCCUUCGAAGACAGGUUCACAAGGAGGACAUACCCAUUCGAAAAUUCCGAUUUGGGCCUCCACCACCGGACGACCCGACUAGACGGACGCAGCGGCAUGGGAAGAGAGGAGUAGAGACGGCGGCGGCAGGAGAGGAAUAA